AUGGUUUAUGUCAAUACCAUGUUUCUGUUUCUUGUGCUCCAACACGCAGUCUUAACUUGGGGUUGGGGCCGCCCAGCUCGGGAUCAUGGUCCUUAUCACCACCAUCCUCGCCACUCUCUGGUUGUGGACAAAGCCGCUCUUCUGCGUUUCAAGAAAGGCAUCAUAGAAGACCCCUUUGCCACGCUUUCCAACUGGAACGACUCUACUCACGUCUGCCGCUUCAACGGCAUCCGAUGCGACAGGCAUAGCAACCGAGUUUCGCAACUCAUCCUUAACGAGAGCCAACUCGUCGGUCUCCUUUCGCCUUUUCUUUCGAAUCUCACCGGCCUUCGGGUUCUAUGGAUUGUUAAUAGUCACUUGUUUGGCACCAUUCCUCAUGAAUUCUCUUCCCUUAGACACCUUAAAUCUCUAAGGCUUGAUGGCAAUAAACUGCACGGUCCAAUACCAAAUUCCCUUUCCCAUCUUCCCAAUCUAAACACAUUACUUCUCUUGAAUAACAAUUUUACCGGUAGAUUGUCUCCUGCUUUCUUCUCCAACUGCUCUUCAUCACUGCAAAUUCUAGACGUCUCCGGAAACUCCAUUUUCGGAGAAAUCCCUGUGGAGAUUGGGAAUUGCAUAAGCCUGUGGAACCUCAAUCUUUACAACAAUCAUUUUACAGGAGUACUUCCUCACUCUUUGACAAAUAUUUCAUCACUUUUGAAUUUAGACGUGGAAUACAAUCAUUUUUCAGGUGAAUUACCCACAGAGAUUAUUGGCAGUUUGCCUUCCCUUAUUUAUCUUUAUCUGUCGUUUAACAAGAUGAAAAGCCAUAAUGGGAACACUGAUCUCAGCCCAUUCUUUGAUGCUGUUCGGAACUGCACUGGCCUAGAGGAGCUCGAGAUGGCGGGCAUGGGCUUCGGCGGAACAUUGCCUGCUUCCAUUGGCCAAUUACUUGGUGCCAACUUGACAGUCAUGUUAUUGCAAGACAACAAAAUUUUCGGAUCAAUUCCUCCAAGUAUAUCUAAUUUUUCAAAGCUUAGGACGUUGAACUUGUCAUCCAACCUCAUGACUGGAACAAUUUCGGAUGAAAUGCGCGUGUUACCGAGGUUGGAUCAACUUUCUCUGUCGCACAACUGCUUCUCUGGUCCAAUUCCAAAAGUGUUGGGCAAAUUUCCUUCUUUGGGUUUGCUUGAUCUUUCACACAACAAAUUCUUUGGAGAAAUCCCAGAAAGUCUAGGAAAUUUGUCUCGGUUGAGUAAUUUGUUCCUCAACAACAAUCAGCUUUCUGGUAAGAUUCCUUCCACGUUGGGACGCUGCACGGAGCUGCUGACGAUUGAUUUGUCCUACAAUAGGCUGGCGGGGAAAAUCCCUUCUGAAAUAUCAGGUAUGAGUGGAAUUAGAAUAUUUAUAAACUUCUCAAAUAAUCAGCUUGAAGGCCCUUUGCCACUCGAGCUAAGCAAACUAGAAGAUGUUCAAGAGAUGGACUUUUCAUCGAACAACCUCAGCGGAUCCAUUUUCCCGCAGAUAUCAAGCUGCAUUUCAGUGCGGUUGAUAAAUUUCUCGAAUAACUCUCUAGAAGGGAAACUUCCAGAUUCUCUAGUUGAUCUAAAAGACCUUGAAAGUUUUGAUGUUUCAAGGAAUCACUUGUCUGGAAUAAUUUCAUCAAAGCUGAACAAUAGUGUCACACUUACAUAUCUUAACCUCUCAUUCAACGACUUUGUGGGAACAAUUCCCUCCGGGGGCAUCUUCAAUUCUGUCACCCAAUUGUCAUUCUUGGGAAAUUCGCGUCUUUGCGGAAUAGUUGGUGGCACACCAUUACCCUGCUGCAAGCGACCCCUCUGCACUCACAAGAGACAUUUAUUUCAUUCUCGAGUUUUCCUGAUCGUCUUUCUCAUUAUGACGAUAUCAUUAGCCUCGUUCUUGGCAACAUGUUGUGCCUUCUGCCGCGGGUGCAUUGGUGUGGUGUAG